GUCAACAGAAACCAACACAACAGCCCGGAAGAAAGUCAGUGAGCGGACAGGGGAAAGGACAGUUGACCUAUUUAACAAAAGUAUAAUAACUUAUAAAAAUGUUGCAGUGAGAGAACUCAUUUUGGAAGUCGGACUGGGUGUUUUUGUGUGAACUCUAGGACAAAGGACUUUGGACGCGCCAAAGUAAAAGUUCAACUGGAGAUGGACCGCUACCGGUAUUUCAUCUUCAACCAGCGCAGUGUCGUCGUUCUGGGCAUCCUGCAGGUGGCAUGUGCGGCGCUGUGCUUGGUGUGCGGAUUCAUUGAUGCGUUUUUUCGGAAAAACACCACCCUCAGUGAAACUAGGGCACCUGUGUGGGCGGGUUUGGUGAGCAUGGGUUUUCUUUCAUCUAAACAUAUGUAAUGAUUUAUCAAAAUAUAGAGGAUGACACUUUGGACUGCCUGUUUGUCGUCAUUCAUAAUGACUUCCUCCUAUAGAUUAUGGCCUGCCCAGGUGCGCUGGCGCUCUUUGCUUCCCAAAGGAAAAAUCCAGUAUUGGUAAGUGUGAUAAAGGUAGCCUUGGCUUGAUUCCUCCUAUUGAAUUACAAUUAAAGCACACCAAACAUGAUUUCAUUUUGUCUGACUGAAUUCCACAAAGGUGACAAGUAAUGUUAAAUCCUCUAAUAGCCUGGUUUGACCCUGUUCAGGUGAAUGUAAUGAUCGCUGCCUCAGUGUGCUCCGGUGUUUCCGUGGUGAUGGUGUCAGGCUACGCCUGCCUAACGUUGACCUAUGGCGAAAAUGACAACGAGGUGUUCCACCAUCACAACAACCCUGAAGUGGUAAUGCCCGACCCUACCAGCUCCCACAAACGAUCAACACAACAAUCUCUUUCACACAUAGUGCCUACUCUGGUCUGUGUGCCAGUCAGUUUCUGCUUCAGCCAACUGCUUUGUUGUCACAAAGGAUUUAGUCUGGUAUAUCCAACCUGGUCUCAGAGCAUGUUGUAUAAUUCUGUAUGUAAAUCCGAGACACUCUAUUUCAGCCAAACAACUGGCGGACCGCGGUCCGGGUCCGGACCCAAAGAAGGGUCAAUCUGGACCGGACAACAUCGCUCUUUGUUAUAUAAAAGUCAAUACAUUCUUUUUAGACAGCUUUUAAAAAAUCUACUGGGCGCAGCAGCCUCUUUAACUCAGCAACCUCUCUUUCUUGCUCUCUCUCGAAGCAACGCCCACCUCUACUAGUGCCCCGUCUAAUCCAAUCGCGUGGUUAUAUGCAAAUACAAGAGGCCACGUCUUACCCAAUCACAUUAAUGAUGAGAACAAACAAGAUUCAUCAACUCAAAUCCCAAUAUUAGAGGUCCACCAAAGUCCUUGUCAAUUUCCUGACAGCCCAACAAUGUGCAAUGGAGUGUUCACUGAGGAUAGCUUGGGUUUUGGGAAAACGCAAAAAAACAUUUUCAGACACUGAGAUGGUAAAAGAAUGCAUGUGUGAAGUUGCUGACACCUUGCUUGAAGGUUAACAAAAAGAUCAAACAGAUCCCACUGUCAGAUUCCACAGCAAUGAGAACUGGAAUAUUACCUGAAGAUUUAACUUCACAACUUGAUGAGGCCAUUCAGAAUGCACCAUGCAUUUCAUUAGCUGUGGAUGAAUCAACAGAUAAUGCCCAGCUUCUGGUGUUUGUCAGAUUUUAUAACAGAACAAAGAAGGGGGAUUGAUCUGAAGUCAGUGGUCCAUCACCACAGAUGGAGCUCCAGCCAUGAUAGGAAGAGGGGGGGGACUGGUUGCACGUUUGAAAGACGACUACCCUGACCUGACAUAUCACUGCAUCAUCCAUCAAUCUAUCCUGUGUGCCAGUCUGGGAAAAGGGUAUUCUGAGGUCAUGACAACGAUGAUGAAACUGAUCAACUUUUUGAGAGCAACAUCAUCCCUACAACAGCGCCUGCUACGAGGCAUUCUGACAAAGGCCAAUGCCAGUUUUGAUGACUUACUACUGCACAACAAUAUCAGAUGGCUCAGCAAAGGCAGGUUUUGGAACGCUUUUGGGCCAUUUAGGAGGAAAUCAAAGCUUUCUUAUCAGAGCAAAAGAGUGACAAGGCAACUGAGUUUUUGGAAGAUGAUGAGAAGAUGGAAACAGUUGCAUUUUUGACAGACAUUACAUCACACCUUAAUCAACUGAAUGUUAAGCUGCAGGGACAGGACAACACAGUGUGUGAUGUGAUGAUAACAGCAGUCCGGGCUUUCCAGAAGAAAUUGGAGCUUUUCAAGAAUGACCUCCAGGGAGAACUUGUCCACUUCCCCAAUCUUCUGGAGCAAACGCAGGGAGACAAAAGUUCCCAACCAUGUUGAUUUCAUCCAGAAGCUGAUGGAUAACUUCAAGGCUCGCUUUGAUGACUUCACUGUUGGAAGAGAACUUCACUGUUGGUUGCUCUCACACCAUUUGUGCCAAAGUUCAAAGCAUUGGCAGGAGACAGACAGUGUAAUUUCUCUCAUUAAUGCAGGGAAAGGCCCAGAGUGACUUAUACAUUAAUAUUGCACGGCCCACAGUGACGUUAUGUGCAUUCACAUGAUUAUUUUUGUUAAACUCUCCUUUGUUCUCCAGAAACAUGCACUUUUAUUUUAUAAAAAAAAACAUUUUCUAAUUCAAGGCCCAUGUACAAUGGUUCACAGUGCACUUUUUGCACAGACAAUUGUUGCAAAAGAGUAGUAAGUAGUUGAAAAGUUGCUAAAAUACUAAAGUUGUCCAAGAUGAGAUUUGAACUCACAACCUUUGGAUUGCUAGAGGUUCGCGUUAUACAUUUCCCUUAAGUAACCAUCUGUAAAUCAAGUGUGUCGGAUGUACGUACAGAAUAAUACGAAAUGCUCUGAGACCAGGUUGGUAUAUCUGACACUUCCUCCCUGAUAGCCUGGGGAUGAGGUUACAAAGGAUUUGACUAAAGCAGAAACUACUCUCUCUGAAUCCUAAGGAGGUACCUAACUACCCUUCUUACACCCCAAACACAUCUUGGAUGGUUCAUCAAUAAUAAUGUGUGUUACUCUGACUGCUCUACAGAGGUUUAUGCUGAGCCGGAUGGUGAAGGGGGCCAAUGCCACCAUACUGUUGGUCUGUGUCGUCAGCCUGGUCCUCUCCUCUCUCAUCGCCUUUGUAGGCUGUCGCAGUCUGCCCCUCUGUGGCUGCUACGAUGGCCUCACUGGCCUGGUAAGAACAUGCAGUAGUGCUAUAUCACACUGUACCAUACUAUGCUCUACCACACUAAACCAUAUCAGAGCACUAGAUAAUCAUACCUGCCAAUCAUAUACAGUUGUCUGCCUGAUCCUCCCAUGUUUUCAGACUGUGUGUUUAUUUCAGGAGCUACUGGUCCCUCAGAAUGACCCCAGCACACAGACCGAGCUUGUGUGUACAUGGCAAGGUAAGUUAUCUAGGUGAGUGAGGAAGAGGGAAAGCUAGGUGGUCGAGCUCUGGCCACUCUUAGGCUGAGUGUUUGCUGUGUUGAGACACUUGUUUGGUAUUGACUGUAGUGAUGCAGUUGCUCCCUCCCCCAGCAGGUAGCGAAGACAGUGUGUUAAACUCUCCAGUGAACUUCAGUGACAGAUGUCCUGAGGUAGAAGAGGCACCCUCCAAACUCCCCCCCUACAGCAGACUCACCUGAGAGGAAUCCUCUAGGGCAGUGGUUACCUAACCUUGUGAAAGGGGACUUCGGAGGGAAAAACCCCAUUUAGCACCUUUGGCAAUUACUCAUGUUUGAGUAAACCGAAUUAAAACCAGCAGACCCAGCUAUAGAGGAUUGUUAUGUUGUAGUGAGUAGCUAUCUAUAUUAUUGUCCACUAGCAUUUCACCAAACAGAGAACCAAGAGGAGGCAGAAUAACAGAUGCAAUAUACCAAACAUUUCAACCUGCCAUUUCCAAAUAGAUUGUCUACUGUUCUUCCACUUAUUACCCAUCUACUUGUAUGUGUAAAUCCCAAUGUAAUAUACACAUACUUAGUGUAAAUAUGCCUUUUUUAAUGAAUCUGCCAAAGUAUCAGCAUGGAAGUGCCUUGCACGGUAUCCCGUGACAGUUGAAAUGUACAUGGUCCUUCUGUGAGGCUGCUCACGUUUGGAUUGUUGCCCUGUUUUAUAGGUGUUUUUAUAUGCCAUGUUCUAUUCAACUAA